CAGGAGCAGCAUUGACAAGGAAGCAAUUAUGAAAUUUUGAUGUUCAAAAUGGGGGGGGGGGGGCCGUGAGAGCACAAGCCGAGCGACUCCCCGCAGCGCCGCCGCCUCCGAGGGCCUCUGAAGAGCUCUCCAGCCGGGCGGGGGUCGCCCCGGCCGCCCCCACCGUCAUUAAAGGCCCCUCUCAAACACUCGAGGAGAUUUUCGGAGCGCGAGCGGGCCGGGCAACAUUAAAAACGCGGGGCGAUUGAAAUGGGCGCAUUGAGAUGCGCGGAGCCGGCUGCGGCGCGGACUCGCUCUUGAGGUCAAGUGACGGACGGAUUGUAUGCUUCUUCAUAAUAAUAUUAAUUAAACAAUUUGCAUGCUAAUAAGGUAACAAUUAUCAGGGCCUCUGUUGAAAGAUUCAGGUUAUUACAACACGCCAAUCUGAAGGCCAGGGGUCAGAGAGUGAGAGGCGAGCGAAAUUUCAACUCAAAUUAACAUUCUGUCAGCUCCAGAAAAUGGGAUAAAUAAAGUCGAAUUAAUUCAUUAUAAUAAAGAGAGAUGGGCGAGGGAGCCCGGCCGGCGCCCGCCCCUCCCCUGCCCUCCCCUCGGGCCGAAUUGAUUGCAGCUCUGUAUUCAGAAACACGCGCCGGCACAUUCCUCCUCGCGAACCCGGCAGAGAACGAGGCGCUUACGGCCACGGGCAAGAUCGAGUCGGAGGGACAGAGUUUACAUUUAGUAUUUAUAGAGAAAGAAAUUAAAUUAUGGCGAAAAGUAGUGCUCUUGGCCCCUGACCUCGGUAUUAAUACUUGCGCGUUCUCCUGGUGAGCCGGGCCGGGGCUGGGGCGGGUAAGGCCCCAAAUUCCAAACCUCCUCUGGGUCUCUGCGGUCUCUGCGAGACGUGGGCCCGCCCCCGCCCCUGCACCUCUCCCUCCUCUCGAACAAUGAGACGGGGAGAAGGUGAUUCUAUCGUGGCCGCCGCGGCCAGGGCACGUUCCGUAAGGACCAGGGCCCGGCCGCGUGUCCAGCGCCGGGAGGCCGGUCCUCCCCCACUCCCGGGCGGAGCCGUAUGUGCCCCCUCCCCCGGCCAGGACGCACGGACAGGGUUGGACCACAGACACGUAGAUUCCGUCCUGCCUCCCUUUGCUCCGGGUUUGGGGCUUGGCAGGCCGGCCAAAGCCACUUACACCAAAGGCCUUGCGCUGGGCGCCGGGCGAGAGGCUGCCGGCGGCCGGGCCCCCGGGACUGACAGGGUCUGAGGCCCGGUGCCUCCUUCCUCCCGGACUCCAUCUCAGGCCACACUGGGGCCACAGGGGUCACAGGGAUAAGGUCCAGGGGCCUGGGGCCGCAGCAAAAUGCACCCUUCCCAUUGGCAAACUUUUUACGAAGGAUAUUACACACACGUAUACCAUGAUUUCUUUCCCUUCUACCCACAGUCCUAAUUUGCUGCUUAUUUAAGAAUAUGUCCUUUAAUGAUUUAGCUUUGAGUCUGUCAAUAUUUUAUAGUGGGAAAGGGAGUGACAGACACUUCUCUGAGAACAUAAUUUAAUUAUAAUUAAUGGGUUGAGUACCUGGGCCUUAUUCUUCAGAGGCCGAGUCAAAGCGAGAUGUAUUUAUUUUUUUUUAUCCCUGUGUAGGGGACCUGAUUGGCUGCCACCCCAAAGUUACUUUUCUCUCCCUCCCUCCCUCCCUCCCCUCCUCCCCAGCCCCGUGCCCCGGCUUUACAGAGUAGGGGGAGGGUGGGGAUCAGGGUGUCUCCGCAGCACCCCCCCCCCCUUCUUCUAUAGAGCAGGCGGCUGCCAGUCAGAGAGGGCAUUAAUUAUGCCUUUUAUUGACAGGGCGCUACAUUCUGUAGGAGUCAUUCUCUUUUGGAGUCGCCCCCUCCCCCUACCCCCCUCCGCUCCUUCCUCUUCCUCCUCCCUCUCCUUCCUCCUCUCCCCCGCUGCCUGGAGCCUGGAGCCUGGAGCCGGAGAGGAGAUGAGAAGCCCUUGUAGUUUUAAAUUCAAUGUGACAGUUUCGGAAAGAGCGGAUGAUGAAUCUCCUAUUAUUGGAUCAGUCUAUUUGCCGCUCAAUGUCUCUCUGUAAUUGGAGCAGCAUCACUUUAAAGGUUCAGAGAGUACAGCGUUUCUGGUGAAAAAUCCCCACAACACGCCGGUGAAUGUUUUAAAGGGAAAUCUAUUAGUGAUUUGCAGAGGGGCGGGGAGCCCGCGCCAGGGGGGGAGGCGCGGGCUCCGGCCAGCGGGGAUUGAAGUGGGGGGGGGGGGAGGCUCGCCGGGGCCCCCUGCCUGGACCGCUCCCGGUGCCGCGCCCGCCCCGCUCCGGGCCGCGCCCCUCCCUCCCUGCUGCCCCCCCCCCCUUGUUGUGACAGUUCCUGAUACUGUUUAUUGAGGUGCAUGUCAGGUAUAAUUAGCAAUCGAUAUGGAAAGCGUUUCCUUGCACCCAGCGCGCCUCUGACGUCAGAGCCGAUUAGCGCUUCUUAUUGGUCCCAAAUUCCCGGGGCCGCGGCUAAUUAUCGGGAGCUUGAUGUUGAUAAAGUAAAGCGCCGGAGUGCGGGCGAAGCAUGUGUAGGGCUCCGGGUCCCUGUCUCCGCCGCCGCCGCCGCCGCCCGCGCCUCCCGCCGCUGGCCCGCCCCGGCCCCGGCCCGCGCCCCCGCGCCCCGCCGCCGGCCCCGCCGGCCCCCCGCGCGAGAUGAUGGACGGCCGCCUCCUGGAGCACCCGCAUGCCCAGUUCGGGGGCUCGCUGGGCGGCGUGGUGGGCUUCCCCUACCCGCUGGGCCACCACCACGUGUACGAGCUGGCCGGCCACCAGCUGCAGUCGGCCGCAGCCGCCGCAGCCGCCGCCGCCUCGGUGCCCUUCUCCAUCGACGGCCUGCUCAGCGGCUCGUGCGCCGCCGCCGCCGCCGCCUCCGUGGUCAACCCCACGCCGCUGCUGCCGGCCGCCUGCGGGGUAGGAGGCGACAGCCAGCCCUUCAAGCUGUCAGACUCGGGGGACCCCGACAAGGAGAGCCCGGGCUGUAAGCGGCGGCGCACCCGCACCAACUUCACCGGCUGGCAGCUGGAGGAGCUGGAGAAGGCGUUCAACGAGAGCCACUAUCCCGACGUGUUCAUGCGCGAGGCGCUGGCGCUGCGCCUGGACCUGGUCGAGUCCCGAGUGCAGGUCUGGUUCCAAAACCGCCGGGCCAAGUGGAGGAAGAAGGAGAACACGAAGAAGGGCCCGGGGCGGCCGGCUCACAACUCCCACCCCACCACGUGCAGUGGCGAGCCGAUGGACCCGGAGGAGAUCGCGCGCAAAGAACUGGAGAAGAUGGAGAAGAAGAAGCGGAAACACGAGAAGAAGCUGCUCAAGAGCCAGAGCCGCCACCUGCACUCGCCAGGCGGCUUGUCCCUGCACAGCGCCCCCAGCUCGGACAGCGACAGCGGCGGCGGCGGCCUGUCCCCCGAGCCGCCCGAGCCGCCGCCUCCUGCGGCCGCCGCCAAGGGCCCUAGCGCGCACGCCGCCGGCGCCGCGGCUUCCGCGCCCGCACCGCCCGGCGAACCGCCCGCGCCCGGCACCUGCGACCCCGCCUUUUACCCGAGCCAAAGAAGCGGCGCGGGCCCGCAGCUGCGGCCAGGCCGCCCCGCGGACAAGGACGCCGCCCCGUGUGCGCCUGGGGCGGCGGCGGAACGCGGCGCCGCCGGCCUGCCGAAGGCCAGCCCGUUCAGCGUGGAGAGCCUGCUGUCCGACUCGCCGCCGCGCCGGAAAGCCGCCCCCGCCAACGCCGCCGCCGCCGCCGCCGCCGCCGCGGCCGCCGCGGCCGCCGCCGGGCUGGACUUUGCGCCCGGGCUGCCGUGCGCGCCGCGGACCCUCAUUGGCAAGGGCCACUUCCUGCUCUACCCCAUCACGCAGCCGCUCGGCUUCCUGGUGCCACAGGCCGCGCUCAAGGGCGCAGCGGGUCCGGAGCCGGCGCCCAAGGACGCGCCGCCCGCACCCGCCGCGCCUCCCGCGCCGCCCGCUCAGGCCAGCUUCGGGGCCUUCCCGGGGCCCGGCGGCGCUCCUCCGGACUCGGCCUUCGCGCGCCGCAGCCCCGACGCCGUCGCCUCCCCGGGGGCCCCGACCCCGGCGCCCUUCCGGGACGCGGCCGUGGCUGCGGCCGAGGGCGGCGGCGGGGAGUGCGCGGAUCCGGGGACCGCCGGCCCAGCGGCCCCACUGCCGCCGCCUCUCGCGCCGUCGCCCGGGCCGGGCCCGCGGGCUCCCAGCCCUGCCGGGGAGCCUGCUUUGUGCGGGGCCCCAGAGCCAGGCGCCGAGUCGGGACCCAGCGCGCCGGAGGGCGACGAAGUGGACAUGGACUGAGGGGCGGCCCGCGCCGCUCGCUCAGGCGCGACUCACACAACGAAAUCAGGUGAUCGGCUUAGAAACCCUGCUUUUCCCUCUUUCUUCUGUUUUCUUCCUUUUAUGGUUAUUUUUUAAAGA